AUGACGGUGCUGGUUCUGGUGCUGUACUGGGUCGUACGAAGCUCGGAGCCGUGCCAGUGCCAGUCUGUACCGAGAGCGGUCCAGUUCUGUACUAAGCCCAGCAGCCCCGGGUCGGUGGAGCUGGCGGCGGCGCGGCGGCGGCUGGUGGCGGCGGAGGGGCGGCGGCGGGCGGCGGCGGAGCUGGAGGGCCGGGUGCUGCAGGUGCACUGCGCCCUGCGGCACGCGGAGCUGCGCUUGGCCGCCCGUGCCGAGGCUCUGGGCCGGCUCGGGGCCGGUGUGGCCCAGGCUCAGCUGGCGCUGGCUGCGCACACGCAGCGCCUGCAGAAGGGGCUCCGGCGCCGGCCCCGGCCCCGGCCCGGUGCGCUCCUGGCGGCCGCCCGUGCCCUCCGCAGCUGCGUGCCCUGGGCCCCCGCGCGCUCCCGCGGGGCCGCCGCUCCGCCCGCUGCCGCCCGCCGCCUGCCCGCAGCGCCCCGCAGCCCCGCCUGA